AUGGAAGUCGCCAAAGAUUCAGGGGAAAGUUAUCUACCCAGAACUGUGUAGGAGAUAGUGUGUGGUCUGAAGCGUCAUUUGGGAGACAAAUAUGGCGACGAGGCGUUGAAUCCACUUGAUGCUGCGAAAAAAGGUACGGGAAAUUAAACACGUUGUUUUUUCUUGUUUGGUAUUUUUUAUUUCGGGAAUAGUUUCAGUUUUUCUUUAAAGUGACAUACUCUUGUUGGUGGAUUAAUUACAAUAGGUUCAGCAUUUUUCGGCGUGCCUUAGAUGCAGAGAUGAAAAAUGCUACCAAAGAAGGCUUCCAUAUCAAGUGCCAAAAGGAAGAGAAAGAAUUUGUUACCGCCGAAAAAGAAAGAAAAUUCUGGGAGAUGAACUUAUAA